AUGGACCUUGAGAUAUCGGAGGGAGUUAUCAAUAGUGUUCUUGAGCAUGUCAGCACCAUUUUGCUGAAGGCGGAUCUCUCUUCAACAAUCUCCCCGAAGCAAUCUGUCAGUUUGCGGAUAGACAGAGAGAAGCAGUUAGGAGAAGACGAAUUCCUAUGA